AAUCACUCAGCCCUUCAUCUAGCGCCAUGAACCGAGUGGUGGAGGUGGCGGUGGUGGUGGCGGUGGCCUUCCUGGUGGGACCCGCCGUGGCUCAGUGGGACCCUAACUCCAGCAAUGGCCAGGCAAUUGUUCACCUGUUCGAGUGGAAGUGGAGUGACAUAGCGGCAGAAUGUGAGAACUUCUUGGGGCCUCGAGGCUUUGCUGGCGUGCAGAUUUCCCCUCCGAAUGAGAACGCGGCGCUGUACCUUGGCGAACAGAACAGGCCGUGGUGGGAGCGUUACCAGCCAGUGUCCUACAGGUUGUUCACGCGGUCAGGGGACGAAAACGCCUUCAAGGACAUGGUGAACAGGUGUAACGGUGUUGGCGUCAGGAUCUACGCGGAUAUCGUGAUCAACCACAUGACAGGAUGGCACCCGGCUGGCACUGGGGCAACAGGGGGCUCUUCCUUCGAUGCGGGAUCCCAGUCCUACCCCGCCGUGCCUUACUCUGCGUUUGACUUCAAUGAUGGGAACUGCCACACAGGAUCUGGCAACAUUGAGAACUACGGUGACGCGGAGCAGGUACGUAACUGCAAGCUGGUGGGCCUUAACGACCUGAACCAGGGGACUGACUACGUGAGGGGUAAGAUAAGGGACUACCUCAACACUCUGGUGGGAUACGGCGUGGCUGGCUUCAGGGUGGACGCCUCGAAGCACAUGUGGCCAGGGGACAUGAAGGCGAUCUUUGACAGCGUUAACAACCUGCCUACCAAAUACUUCAAGGCUGGCUCCCGUCCCUUCGUGUUCCAGGAAGUGAUUGACCUCGGCGGGGAGGCCAUCAGCAGUUUGGAGUACGUUGGCAUUGGGCGUGUGACGGAAUUUAAAUACGGGAAGUUCCUCGGAGAAGCUUUCAGAGGCAAUAAUCAACUGAAAUGGUUAUCGAACUUUGGAGAGGGCUGGGGCAUGCUGGACCGCGCUAAUGCUCUUGUGUUCAUUGAUAAUCAUGAUAACCAGAGAGGACAUGGAGCUGGCGGAGAUAUGAUUCUUACUUUCCGCCAGUCCAAGUGGUACAAGAUGGCCACUGCUUUCAUGUUGGCUUUCCCUUACGGCUACACGCGCCUCAUGUCCUCCUACUACUGGGACCAAAACUGGGUGAACGGGCAGGACAAGAAUGACUGGAUUGGGCCGCCGCAUGAUGACAACUACAACACACUCAGUCCGAUCUUCAAUUCUGACGGAAGCUGCGGGAAUGGAUGGAUUUGCGAACACCGUUGGAGGCAGAUUUAUAACAUGGUGGAGUUUAGAAAUGUUGCGCAUGGCACGGACAUGAAUGACUGGUGGGACAACGGCAACAACCAGAUCGCCUUUUGCAGGGGUGACCGGGGCUUCAUUGCCAUCAACAACGAGGGCCGAGACAUGAAAGAAACGCUGCAGACUUGCUUGUCAGCGGGUACGUACUGUGACGUCAUCUCCGGGUUUAAGGAAGGUGGCUCCUGUACCGGCAAGACAGUGACGGUGGACGGCACAGGCAAGGCUUACAUUGAGAUUACCAACAUGGAGGAUGACGGAGUGCUGGCCAUCCAUGCUAACUCGAAGCUGUAAACACGCACCGGUCCGCCAUCUUGACCUUUUCCAUCGAAGCAAGACAAAACGGGACAAAAAAUAUAAAAUGAAAUAAAACUGUUGUAGAGAGGAAGAGAAAAAAGGAGAAGGGAAAAAAUGGGAUUUUAUAUUUUGUUUAAGAAAAAAAAAACACUAAUUUUUAAAAAUGACAUAUGAAAUAAAAAGCCUUUACUGUCUUUAAUAUGGAACUGGAAGCCUUUUUUUGUGAUGCUGAUUCUCUUCUGAGUAAUAGUCCUUUCUUUUGAUAUUUGACUUAUUCUGUGUUUUUAAUCCUCCCAUUUCUUCUUAUUCUUCUCGCAUCAUCGCAAUAAAGACUGACCCAUU